CCAAACUGAGAUGUGCUAGCUUGCAUGCGCGAUUUGUGAGUUAGCUAUCGUCGAAGGAUUGCAAAAUACUGUGCUGUGCAUACUGCCGAAUGUGUCCUCCGAGGCCCGUGAAUCGUUUGCAAGUUAGUGAGUUAGCUUGAAAUCUCUAUUUUCUGAUGACGCCAACGACGAUAGUUCGAGUAAGAGCGUGAAUGGUGAACCGAUCGAUGCAGCUCAGUGUUGCAAUCUCUUCGGAGCCAGUGGUCGAACAGACAAAAAUAUCCGGUUGUGUCGAUAUAUGUCACCCGGAGUGAGACAUUUCGAGCGACCGCAGUCCAUUCAUGGGUUUGAUUCUGCCAUGGGUUCGGGCAUCAUUGGUAUUCCUCGAGAUGGAAAUUUAGGGAAGCUAAACGCCGAACGACAGCAUUUGCCAAUUUUCUCGGCAAGAUCAGCGCUUUUAGAACAAAUCGAGAAGAACGAUAAUGUCAUCGUUGUCGCUGAAACUGGCAGUGGGAAAACAACGCAAAUUCCGCAAUAUAUACUUGAAAGCAAGCUGAAUAAACGCUUGAGAAUCGGCGUGACACAGCCCCGUCGAGUAGCUGCGAUUUCUGUUGCGGAAAGAGUAGCCCAGGAGAAAAGCUGUGAAGUUGGACAACUGGUUGGAUAUAGUGUGCGUUUCCAAGAAAAAGUUUGCCCUGCGACGAAAAUCAAAUACAUGACCGACGGAAUGUUGGUCCGUGAAGCUAUUUUGGAUAAGAUGCUUAAGGCUUACUCGUUUAUUAUUUUGGACGAAGUUCACGAGCGGUCUCUGCAUACAGACAUAGUCAUGGGUAUCGUCUAUCGUGCCCAACAGUUACGCAAGUGCGAUGGUGUUGCUGGGCCCCUGAAGACAGUUACUAUGAGUGCUACGAUGGACGCCGAAGCCUUUUCAAAUUUCUGGAACGGUGCUCCCAUGCUGUACGUGCAAGGACGUGAGCAUCCUGUGGACUACCUCUUCUCUGCACAAAAAGUCAAUGAUUACGUCCUUGGCUGUCUGAGUACUUGUAUUCAGUUGCACAAAGAGUGUCCUCUUCCGGAGGGCAUCUUAAUAUUCCUGACGGGCCAAGAAGAGAUUGAAGAGGCUGUUGCGUCUCUCCGGAAUGCCAUGAAGGAAAGCAAUAAUAAUUUAAAACCGGCGGUCGUAUCUCCGCUGUAUGCGGCGCUUCCGGAUCACAUGCAGCGCGAAGCGUUGAAACCGGCGCCUCCAGGGAAACGGAAAAUAGUGGUGGCAACGAAUGUGGCAGAGGCUUCUUUGACGAUUGCUGGAAUCAAGCAUGUUAUUGACAGUGGUUGUGCCAAGAUCAAGGAAUUCGAGCCACGGACAGGACUGGAAACCCUUGCCGUCCGAAAGAUAUCUCGUGCGCAGUGCGAACAACGUGCUGGUCGCGCGGGUCGCCUGGGACCCGGUUCCUGUCGUGUGAUGCUAACCCGAGAAGAGUGGACCUCUCAGCCGGCACUGCCCGAACCCGAAUUAUUACGAUGCAACCUGGCAGGCGUCACUCUGCAAUUGUUGGCUGCGGAAGUGCCUUCUCUGGUUUCUUUCCGGCUAGUGAAUGCGCCGCCUCGGGCUGCAGUUCGGUCUGCGCUUCGUCAACUCUGGCUUUUGGAUGCGGUUUUGCUGGACGACUUGCGUCGGUGUCACGGGGCGACCCUCACACCGCUGGGUUACCACAUGUCACGAUUUCCCUUGGAUCCGAGAUUUAGUAAGCUGCUGUGUGACGCCGCAAAACAGGGUUGUUCAGCCGACGUGAUAACCAUCGUAAGCUUGCUUUCUGCUGAGCAGUUAUUCACUUCAAGGAGAAUCAACAGUGGUGCUAAUGGAGGAGGAUCUGCGAAUGACGAUGGCGAUGCGGUGGCUGCUAGGCGAGCAAAAUUUGAAUCAGUUCACGGAGAUCUCCCGACUUAUCUCCGUGUUUUUGGACAUUAUCGUUCCGUUUUGAAGAACUGCAAGAAGAACGCUUUUGGAAAUGCUUCGAGCAGUCCACAACAUUUCUGUGACGAGCACGGACUAAGUUAUCGUGCUUUGAGUUAUGCCUGGGAAGUUCGACUACAAUUGCGACAACUCGCCGAGUCCAACGACUUGUGGAACAACACCAACAACGGCAACGAAGAACGUCUGAGCCAAGUCUUGAGCGAAGCCUUGUUCAUGAACUGUGCAGAGCGGCAAGUGGAUGGUUCUUACGCUGUCGUCGGCACGGGUGAAACAGUUCGAAUCCAUCCUUCGUCCGUCCUUUUCCGUCGUAAUCCGGAUUGCGUGUUAUUCGUCGAGCUGGUGGAGACGAGCUCCAAGUAUAUGCGACAUGUGACCCGGAUUGACCGGCAACUUGUGGAACCGAAGCUCUCUCGCAUCCGACAGGUCAUCCAGGCGACGAUCUCUUCGAAGCGGCAACAACAACCCGCCUGACCCAUAUGAUUUCGCAAUGUGUCGGAAGAAAGAGCUUUGAAAGAAUUCUCAAUCUUUGGAGCAUUUGAUAUUUGUUUCCAGGAAGAAUUUGUUCAGGUUUUUUUAUUCGCUGUUGAAGUGCGAGUUCUUGGCCGGAAAAUACGCUUGUUCUUUUUCGUAAUUUAUACAGUUUUGAUUCAGAUUUUGCCCCCGAUACUUUUUUGAAGGGAUGACUUGAGCGAGAGCCCGAUUGACUAAGACUUAUAAAAGGGGGUAUACAAUAUCAGAAAGUUACUUUGUCUGUAGAAAUUCGUAAUUUAUGUGAUGAAUUAUCGUUCGUGACAGUGACGGACUUUCUUGGUAUUGGAUUUUCCUGAGAUUUGCAAUAGUAAAAUGUUUCGGUUUUAUUCCGAAUUCGAAGCUUCUUUUUGUGUGACGAUUGAGCUUCUCUGAAAGUUCCAAUUCAAUCAGUGCUUCGAGAAUUUUUUUUUUGAAUUUUCAUGAAAUUAUGUGGACGAAGUUUUCCUGAUUUAUUCAAUUCUUUUUUAACGCUCUAAAAUUUGUAACGCCAAUCUGUUUGCAAGAAUGCAUGCAUCUCAUCCAAACUUUGUGAAAUACGUAAAAAAAAUGUUGACCGCGGAAUUUACCGCAAAUAGGGCUAAUCUCGGUGCCGAAAUUGUUGGGAAAAUUUUCUCUGCCUUUUUUGGAGCACAAAUUCAAGUUUCAGGGAAUGAUCUCCUGAGAUUGAUUUUCAUUACCGAAUGUUGGUCAACUUGAUUUGCCGGGCGACUUUUCUGAC